AUGGCUAAACAAUCUAAUAUUAUUAGUUUUUUUAAACCCAUACACCAACAAAUUGCUGAACCACUUAUCUCAGAACCUUCAACUUCCAUACAAUCAGUUACAGAGCCAAUUAUUCCUAUUGCUUUACCAAGCUCCACUGCAGCUGGUAGCACUGAUGGAUCUGAAUCUGAAUCAGAUAUUAGUGAAAAUGGGGUAAUAGAAGUUGUGCCAGAUGUAACCAGAAGAAAUGACAGUGAACAAAGUAUUGCAUCCAUUCUAAAAGAUACAAACUAUUCCAUAAUAGUUGAUGAAACCACUGACGUCUCAGUAAAAAAAUGUUUAGCCAUACUUGUGAGAUAUGUGGAUAUAAGACUAGAAAAAGUAAAGGAUCGACUUCUAGCUUUGGUUGAAGUUACAGAUGUCACUUCUGAAGGAAUACUACAAAAAUUUUUAACUACUAUUGAAAGUUUAUCAAUACCUCAUUCAAAUUUAUUGGGAUUUGCGGCUGACAAUGCAGCUGUGAUGAUGGGAAAAUUUAAUGGAGUACAAGCUAAGCUAAAACAAAUAAAUCCCAAUAUAUUUGUUAUGGGUUGUAUUUGCCACUCCCUCCACCUCUGUGCAUCUGCAGCAAGCGCAGUCGUGAAACGUACUCUUGAACAGUGGCCAGCUCUGCUGUUAUAUUUUAAUGCAGCUAUUUUAGAAGAUAAUUUGGUCGCAGCUUCUACCAUUCACAAUGCUCUAAAUAAUGUAAUUUUUAAGUUAUAUUUAACAUUUCUUGCAUAUAUUUUACCAUUAAUUACAAAAUUAAAUUUGGAGUUUCAAGCGGAAAGACCCCAAUUAUAUAAUAUACAUGACGCAAUUCAAACAACUACUAAAACAAUUUUAAAAAUUUUAUGAAAUCCAAUUACAUUGAUAGUGCCCCCUUUUUAGAAUGGGAUGAAUUAAAUUCAAGACAAUACAAACCUCUUGAAGAAAUAUAUCUAGGAGCCAAUGUUAAUUUUAUAAUCAAAUCCCAAAAUUCUAGUAAUCAUGAAAUUCAUGACUUCAGACUUAAGUGUUUAAGUUAUUACAUUGAACUUUGUUCACAAUUAAAGAAACGAUUUCAAAACAUCCAAGUAUAUAAAAAAUUUCAAUGUUUAAGUCCAUCUCAUGUCCUUACUGGCAAUUCAAGUAUAAUCGAUCUACUAAUUGCAUUUCCUCAUAUUUGCAAAAACAAAUUUGAGGAAAUUAGUAGUGAAUUUAGAGAAAUCUGCAAUUUACCUGAAUCCAUUAAGAGUGAUUUAUUGACCUUAGAUUUUGAACAUUUUUGGUUCAAAAUAUUUAAAUUUAAAAACGCACUAAAUGAGAAAUGUUUUGAAAAUGUUUGUUUAUUUGUGUUCAAUAUUAUGUGUCUACCCCACAGUAGUGCUUGUGCAGAGAGAACAUUCUCUGAUUUAAAUAAUAUAAAAACCAAAAAUAGGAAUCGAUUAUUGCCCACCACAAUAAAUUCGUUGCUAAUGGGGAAAGAACUGUUAAACAAUAAACAAUGUUU